UGGCGGUGAAGUAAAGAUGGCGGAAGAUUUAAAAGGUAAGGUCCCAAAUUCUAAAGAAAAUGUUGGAUUUGUUUACUUUUCUUCGGUAACAGCUGUUAUGUGAUAAUCACGCUUUAAAAAAAUUAUAUAUCAUGAAGUUGAUUAGAAAAAUGGUGAUGCAACACAGUUUAUUAUAUAUUUGUCGAAGUUAGCCUAGCUAGCUAACGUUAGCUGGCCCAUUUCGCAAUCAGUGGUCGAAUCUUGUAGCUAGUUAGCUGCAACAUGUUUGAUUUUCAUUAAUAAACAGUAGUGAAUAUAACUACCAUCGCAUAUGAAUACUUAGCAACCUAGCUAUGCACAUACAGAAUGAAAACAUGUUGAUAAAUAAAUGGAGUCAUGAUGAUAGUUGCUGAUCGGAGCGAGCCAUGUCGUGUUGUUCUUUGUGUAACUGGCUUGUCACUCACUGCAGAGUGCCAAGUUGCAUGUAAAGUGACAACGAGCCAGUUGCAGACACACUGUCGUCAUGAAGGGAUUGUGUGCUUGGAUCUGGGGGUCAACAAGAGACAAAUGCACGACUUCGAAGUGGAGUACCUGUGUGACUACAAGAGGACACUUGUUCCUGGAAGGAAGAGAGCCAAUCCAACGGGAGUACCAAAGGUUAGAACAAAUUCUAUCUAUCAGUGGUGGAAAAAGUACCCAAUUGUCAUACUUGAGUAAAAGUAAAGGUACCUUAAUAGAAAAUGACUCAAGUAAAAGUGAAAGUCACCCUGUAAAAUACUACUUGAGAAAGUCUAAAAUAAUUUGGUUAGAAAUAUACUUAAGUAUCAAAAGUACAUGUAAUUGCUCAAAUAUACUUAAGUAUUAAAAGUAAAAGUAUAUAUCAUUUCAAAUGUGUUAUAUUAAGAAAACCAUAUGGCACGAUUUUUAAAUAUAUAUAUAUAUAUAUAUUAUUUUUUUUAUCGUGCCAUCUGGUUUUCUUAAUAUAACACAUUUGAAAUGAUAUAUACUUUAUAUAUAAAACAGGAUAGCCAAGGGGCACACUCCUAAACUCAGACAUCAUCAUUUACAAACAAAGCAUUUGUGUUUAGUGAGUCUGCCAGAUCAGAGGCAGUAGGGAUGACCUGGGAUGUUCUCUUGAUAAGUGUGUGAAUUUGACCAUUUUCCUGUCCUGCUAAGCAUUCAAAAUGUAAUGAGUACUUCUGGGUGUCAGGGAAAAUGUAUGGAGUAAAAAGUAUAUUAUUUUCUUUAGGAAUGUAGAGGAGUAAAAGUUACCCCAAAAAACUACUUAGGUAGUACUUUAAAGUAUUUUUACUAGUAUACUUUACACCACUGCUAGCUAUGCUAUGGUUUGAUUUUGGUAGCUAGAGAUUAUAUUGAUCCAGCUUUAAUUUAUGUAAUUUACAGUGCUGGCAAUGUCUGACUGUCACUGAAAGCAUCCAUCUUUAAUUGAGAGAGACAUGCUCCCCUGCAAACCCUGCUCCAACCUGUAUGUGUAUGUGUGUCUUUCAGAGGGGUUGGGAUAAAAUAGAAGUCACAUUUCCGUUGGACCUUGUGUACAGUUGGCCAAAUAAAGUGAUCUUAAGAGAUGUCUACCUUGUCAUAGGGGCACCAGAGUUUAGUCUGACUCCUUGUCAGCUGCUGUUUUUUUCCUAGGAGAGGGAGUUCUACCUGGUUAAAUGGAAGCGUUACCCAGAUCACAUGAACACCUGGGAGCCGAGGAAAAACCUCAGGUGUGUGGAGCUCUUACGUCAGUUCUGGGACGAUGUCUUCCUGGAGCUGCAGAGACAGAAAAAGACUGUAGUCCCCAACCGGUUUGAACCAGAGCUAUCCUUUUACCUGGAGCAGAGAGCCAGACAUAGGCAGAGCCUGCAGAGGUGGGAGGCCCAGAUCAACAGUGUCGGGGGCCUCACCAAACGCAUCCUGGUCCGCAACCGUGUGGACCUUGAGGGCCCUCCGAAGAACUUUACCUACAUCAACGGAUACAAGGUGUGCAAGGGCUUGUGAAUCACCAGUACUUUGUAUCCAAGACAUGUUUCAACUGUAGUGAUGCUACCCUCUUUAUCACUGUCUAGUAUAUAGGCUGCAGUAUUAUGCAUCAGCAAUACAGUACAAAUAUAAAUAUGUAUAAUGAAAUCAAAGAUUUUCUCUCUUAGGUGGGUGAGGGCAUUUCGGUGACGACGGUGGCAGUGGGGUGCGAGUGCACCAACUGUUUGGAGAACCCUGUGGGUGGUUGCUGCCCAGGAGUAUCGGGCCAUGGCUUUUCCUACAACGAGUGUGGGCAGGUGACGGUUAAGCCUGGGCAGCCCAUCUAUGAGUGCAACAAGAAGUGUCGCUGUGGACCAGACUGCCCCAACAGAGUGGUACAGAGAGGGAUACAGCAUACCCUCUGCAUCUUCAAAACAGACAACGGGCGGGGGUGGGGCGUACGCGCCUCUGAGCGUAUCAAAAAGCAUUCCUUCGUCAUGGAGUAUGUCGGAGAGGUAAGAAAGACAACUUUGAUUAUAGAGAGAGCUUAUUUGGUGCUCAGUUUCUAAUAUCACCAGCAGCUGUCACAAUUGACAAUCAAACAUCAACAUACUACUAGUGGUUUUUAUUAUCUCAUGCAGCACUGUGUGUAUCCUGGCUGUAUUACACGGUAUGGUUGUUCUCUGUUGUGAUUGGCUGUAUUGUGUUCUAUCCAGAUCAUCACUACAGAGGAGGCAGAGAGGAGGGGUCAGGUCUAUGACAGACAGGGAGCAACAUACCUGUUUGACCUGGACUAUGUUGAGGAUGAGUACACUGUUGACGCUGCUCGCUAUGGAAACGUCUCCCACUUUGUCAACCACAGUGUGAGUGGGGGAAGGGAAACUUACUGGUUUGGGGUCAAUUCCAUUUCAAUUCAGUUAAGUACUUACUGAAUUGAAAGGGAAUUGACCCCCAACCCUGUUACUUACCAAAUCAUUUCACAUUUGAGAACACUUAAUCAUUAGACCUUGUCUUUUCUGACCUCUGUCCCAAAGUGCAACCCGAACCUGCAGGUGUACAAUGUAUUCAUAGACAACCUGGAUGAGAGACUACCACGCCUGGCUUUCUUCUCAAACCGUGGUAUCAGAGCUGGGGAGGAGCUCACCUUCGACUACAAUAUGCAGAGUAGGUUUCAUCUGAUAUAUCAUACUGUAUAUCCACAGAUCACAAGAUCGCUGAAAUAAAACAUAUGGAAAUACAGUCGAAUUACAUUUCUGAGAGCCUACAAAAUGGAACAUUAAUUCAUAUGUCUCAAUAGAGCUGGUGGUAAGGUUAAUGGAAGAUUUAGAAUCCAUUUAGGUUGUAGAUUCGGUGAUAUCUUAAAAUGGGUUGCAUUGCUUCUGUCAUUUUAACCCUUUUUUCUUUUUGUCUUUCUAGUUGAUCCAAUAGAUGUGGAGAGCACUAAGAUGGACUCCAAUUUCAGUAUGACUGGCUCACCUAAAAAGGCUCACAUGUCUGGAUCACCUAAAAAGACUCACAUGUCUGGAUCACCCAAAAAGGAUCACAUGUCUGGAUCACCCAAAAAGCGUGUGCGCAUGGAGUGCAAGUGUGGGAAUGACAAUUGCAGGGGGUACUUGUUUUAG